UUUAGAUGAUAUAACAAAUCAAUACGGAUUAGGUUUGAUCAACCACUUGGGUCCUCACCUCAUAGCCCUGGGACAUUUUAUGGUAUUAAAAUUAGCUCUUAAAAAUUAUAAAAAUUAUUUUGAAGCAAAAAAUACAAAAUUUUUUAGUUGGCAAAAAAUUUUACAGUUCAGUUUAACAGAUCGAUUUAAAGUUCUUGAUAUGAUGUGUGACCAUGACUCUGUAUAUUAUUCAGAAAAAAAACGUAGAAAAACUUACUUAAAAGUAGAUAGAUCGAAUACAUCUAUGGAAUGUAAUAUAUUGGAAUAUUUAAUACAUUUUUUUAAUAAAUAUCAGUUAGAAAUAAUUAAAACGACACAAGAUACUGAUUUUGAUUUACAUGGUAUGAUGGAACAUAAAUAUAUAAAAGAUUAUUUCUUCUCAUUUAUGUGUAAGGAUCCUAAAGAAUGUAUCAUUUAUCAUACGAACCAAUUUAAAAAAGAAGCCAACGAAGAAAAUACGUUUCCUGAAGAACCUAAUCGUGAAAUCAGUGCAUAUAAUUUAUAUUUAAAUUAUUAUUAUUUCAUGAAACGUUAUAGUUCAUAUGGAACAAAAAAGGCAUUAUAUGUUCAUUUAUUAAAUUUAACUGGACUUCUAAAUUAUAAUACAAGAUCGUACGUUACAUCUCUUUAUUUACCAGGAUAUUAUAACGCUGUUGAAAUGUCUUUUACGGAAGAAAAAGAGUUUACCAACCUUUUUGAAAACUUAAUACAAUGUAUUGAAAUAUGUCAUUUAAGACAAACAAGCCAAUCAUCAAAAGGUAGUAAUUUCCUUAACGAUGUAACAAAAUGUGAUUUGUGUAAGGGAGCCUUCUUAUAUUCAAACAUGAAAUUUGAUAAAGUUCCUUCUAUGUUACAAAAAUUUUACGUGUAUUUAACUAAAGGUCUGAAAAUACAAAAAGUAUCAUCUGUAAUGAGAACAUUAGUUAUUUAUCAGGAUUACAGUAAUUUUUUAUCACAUGAUAUUAAUUGGUACACAUUCCUAUUUUUAUUUAGACUUACAAGUUUUAGAG